GACGAAGUUUAACAAAGACAGAGUCGUGUUUCGCGUUAAGGCCCUCACCAGCGGGCUCGGACUUGCUUCCUGGCCACCCGGAUCGGGAUGUCAUGGCAGGCGGUGGUGCUGGGGAUCAGUGCAGUGCUCUGGGGUCAGUGCGGUGCCUCCGGGAAGGACGAUCUGGAUUUCACCACGGUGGACGUUGCUAGACUCGCUACGCACGCAUACGGAACAGAGAUAGUACUCCUAGAAAACACCUAUAAAGACCAAACCGCGUACAGAUUCGAAGACUUCUUCUGGACAGGAUCCGGAGAUGGCGCGUCAGAUGACGAAGAAAACUGGAGUUCCGAAAGUACCACCACUACAGUUUACAAGACUAAAACUGUGUUGUCCACGGUGUUCAUCGAAUCACCGCAUUCUCCAUAUAAUGAGACUGGAAUAGAAACCACAACUAAAUGUUCACACGACUGUGAAGCCCCGCUGACACCAGAAGGUCAAAUUAGCCCCAGUCCGACGCUGACGUCAACAACGGAAUUCGUCGACGAGGGCGAAGACUUCUUCGACGCCGAUCGACAGUUCUGGUUACUUACAGUAUUAAAAAGUGAUGGGAGAGACCCUGUCAUUAUUGAUCUCAAAAAUAGCUUAGCGAAACUCUACAAAACUGCAUUUCAAAGGCAGCAAGAACGACAUUUAGGAAUAAAUGGCCGUAUAAAACGCGAUGUGGAGGACAAGCCAGUAAACGUUUAUAUUCACAAAGUUAACACAUCAAAGACAAAUGGCGAUAAUAAAAUCGAAGUUCUCUACCACGUAUCAGUGGAUGGAAAACCAGUUUCGGCUAUUACAGCGGCAAAUGAUAUGACUUUAGUGUCCGACGAAGAAGUCAGGCAAGAACUGGGAUACCCAUUUGUUAUAAAAGCAGAACCAUAUCUGAAGCCCUCCGAACCUCAAAGCCUAUCCCGAGCCAGGAAUACCUGGAUAUUCAUAGGGGUAUCGAUAAUCGGUCUGCUGAUAUUUCUUCUGGUGGUGGCGUUUUUAACUCUCGGACUAACGAAACGGAAAAGAGUUGGUACGCCCGUCGACGCCGGCACCGACAACCGACGCCAUAUCUUCGAGAGAGGUGUGGGUCAGGACAGGGGAUUGGUACGUGACGAGCAGAAGGUACGCGCCAAGGCAGAUUCCCCUACGUACAUCAACUUCAAGAACGACAACUCCACACUGACGAGAAGUGUCGUUGCCACCAGCAGGCCCGAGAGUUCGAUAAGUUCGACGUCCUCUAGCUCUGGCAGUUUGGACAUCUCGCCGCUAAUGGUUCUAAAUAAGAAGCGCCGAACCCCACCGAAAAAACCACCAAGGCCCAAAGGAGCCAUCAACAAGACUGCGCCAAUCAACUUAAGAAAAAUUCCACCAGAAGUGUUCGACUCAGACAGCAGCGUCAGCCGAAAAGAGUCUCCCGACGCCGUAUUUUUAGAAAAUUACGACCCUGGAGUGAUCAGUCCAAAAUCUUAUUUGUCCAUGCCUUCAGUCAAAUCAUUUCCAAGAGGAAAUAUGCCGGAACCUUUAAAUAAGGUCCUUGAACCCGUCAGCGUUCAAAAUUUGGACAUGCCAGAUGAAGAAGAAAUCGAAAGGAAUAGACCAGAUUAUAGAAAACAAGGUUUAAUAAGACACGGCAGUGUAGGUGCAGUUGAAGAUCCAGGCGUUAUUGGACCAAUAGUGUGGAACAUGCAUUGUCAGAGGUUACAUCAUGGGGUGAGUGUUGAUGAAGGAAUCGAUGAUCUAAAAGUCGCAAGCAAUAUGUCUAGAAUGAGAAAGAGGUUCCACGACCUACUUGAUGAUACUUUUAGCUUGUUCGGAAGCAGAAGAAACAGCCCAGUGGACUAUUCUCGAUCUGACCAAAAUAUAAAACCGACGCCCAUAGAAGUAAAAAGUCAUUCGGCGGCUAAUACUAGGCCAAAUGACGACCUGAAGGCCACCACGCCGAAACCGCGUCCGAAAACAUCAGGACCUGUAAAAAUGGAACUAGGGACCAGUGGCCCCAGAGGUGCCUGGUCGAGUAAAGCGCCCUCUCCACUCGUAAGACCUCUAAGCGCGGGUAUUAUCAAUCCGUAUCCAAGAAUAAAUGUGGAUCACGUCCUUUCUGAAGGAAAGUUCAAAGCUAAUGAUCCAGCUGUGCCAUUGAUAGCCGCUAUAAAAUCGGAAAUAGAAAAGGUGUCGCUGCCGGGAAGUACGACAGACUUAAGGGACUAAUUUGUAUAAAAUCGCGAGUGACUACGAAACUGUAUAUCGUCUAGUCUUAAUAAAAUAUCACGUCGA